AUGGAAGCGUGGUUUGCACUGGUUAUUGUUUUUAUUGUUAUCUUUGCCAUCCUAGGCAUUGCCUAUUGUUUCCUUGCUACCACCAUGGCCAUCCAAAGGAUCUGGCAAAGACACUACCAUAUUCUUACCAAGAGGGAACUCACACAGGCAUAUGUCUUUGACAAAAUUUGUCAUAAAGAGGGUGCUUACAAGAAUCUUCUAGACGCUUUUCUGAAAGUACUGCAAGAAGGGGGACCUGCAGAACUUUACAGAGGCCUUACCCCCAGUAUAAUUGGAGUAAUCCCAUAUGCCGCCACUAAUUAUUUUGCUUACAAUUCAUUACGGAAAGCUUACAAGAAGGUUUUCAAUCGGGAGGAAAUUGGAAAUACUGCAACUCUCUUUAUCGGAUCAGCAGCUGGUGCCAUUUCAAGUAGUGCAACUUUCCCACUUGAGGUGGCUCGCAAACACAUGCAAGUUGAUGCUCUCAAUGGGAGACAUUACAAGAACUUGCUUCAUGCCGUUUCAAGCAUACUCGAGAAGGAAGGGGUUCCUGGUCUGUACAGUGGGUUGGGGCCAAACUGCAUUAAAUUGGUCCCUGCUGCUGGAAUUUCUUUCAUGUGCUAUGAGGCAUGCAAGAACAUCCUUGCCAAGGAAGAAGAUGAUCCAUAA